CAGUUUUCUCAGAGCAGUUGUCGUGUUCGCACGCGGAGCGCAUUGCGUAAAACAAGAGCAAAAAGCAGCAGAGGAAAAAAAAAUAAGUUUUCGUUAGUUUCGUGUGUGUUUUUGCGCAAUUAUUACUGGCAGUAAAAUUGGUUAAAUGUGGCCAACAAAUAACGCCAUUUAAUGCAAAUGUGUGAAAGUGUUGUCUCUAAAUAAAAAUAUUACAACUAAGAAAAACAACAGCCGACUUUGUUUAACGCAUUUGUAAAACGUGCGCGAUACGGAAAAAAACCACAACAAAAACAACUGCAACAACAAUUACCAUUUGGAGCAGCUUUCAAAAACGCUUAUAUUUGUAUCGAAUGUCUAGCUACGGAUACAAAAUCCAUGCGCUUUCAGACUUAAGUUUCUAAGGCGAUUUCUAAUUGAUAUUGUUUGAUGAGUGUAUCGACUACGGUUUAACUCUACCCCAAUAAAGGAAAACAUAUUCUAGACUAAGGAAAAGCGGAAAGCUGUAAAUUACUUGAAAAUACAUUAAAAAUGUACAAAAAGCUGCAGUAAAACAAAAAAAAAAAAAAAAAAAAAUACCAAACAAACAGAAAAGAGAGAAAAAAGGUUACUGGCAAAAAUAAGACACAAACAAGAACAUCCACUGCGAACAGGAUGCGUGAAGUAAGCGCAGCGGCGCCACUGUCCUUGCUGCUGCUGGUGCUGGUUGUCCAGGCGCUCAACUGGCCGCUAGGCGAGGCACUCUUUGGCCGCGAUGAUUGUCGAGAUCUCACCAUAUCGUCCUGCGAAUGUGCUCCCUCGCUGUCGGAAUACGAACUCAAUUGUCCCGGCAACAGUUACAAUCCCAAGUUUAAGAUUACCAUUCGACCCGGCAGCACAGUGCAGAUCGAAUGCAAUCUGACAGAUGCCUCCGAAUACACACAGAUGCCCAAGCUGAGCAUUGGUAGCAUUAAUAUGGUGCAGAUCAAGCGUUGUCCACUGCCCCAUCACACACCCAUCGCUGGCAUCAUGGACCAUUUGGGCAUCCGGGAUACGAAGGUGCUCAUCUUUGAGGGUAAUGAUCUGCACGUGAAUCUCACACGGAUGCACUUCGAGCGGCUGCAGAAAUUGCAACGUUUGCGAUUUGCUGCACGUCGUUUGCCGUACAUUCCCGAGGAUCUGCUGAGCGAUAUGCAUCUGCUCAACUGGCUGGAUAUGCGUGCUGCCAAUCUGGGUGCGCUGCCCGCUCGCCUGCUCGCCAACAUGGAGAACUUGCAGUUUCUCGAGUUGGGCAGCAACAAUUUGAAGCAGCUGCCACGCGGUCUCUUUCACAAUCUGCACAAGCUGUUGCAUUUGAAUUUGUGGAGCAAUCAGUUGCACAAUCUCAGCAAGCAUGACUUUGAGGGCGCCACCUCCGUCAAGGAUAUCGAUCUGCAUAACAAUGGCAUCGUUCAGCUCAAGCCGGAUGUCUUUGCCCUGCUCACCAAUGUGACAGAGAUCAAUUUGAAUGGCAACAGUUUUCGCUCACUGCCCGAGGGCCUAUUUGAGCACAAUAAAAUGUUGCAGCAGGUCAAGUUGCAAAAUAAUCGUGUGCCUCUGGCCAACCUGCCCGCUCGCCUCUUUGCCAACCUGCCCGAGCUGCGCACCCUCUAUUUGCGCUGCGAACUGGAAACACUUGCAGCCGAUCUCAUCGAGAACUCGACGGCCUUGACAGACAUCUCGCUAUAUGACAAUCGGCUGAGCACAUUGCCAGCCAAAUUUUUGGAGCAACAGUUGAAUCUGAUUAAUUUGGAUUUGCACAAGAACCUCUUAAGUCAUCUGCCAGAUGGCAUCUUUCAUCAUCUGGUCAAAUUGGAGACGCUGAAUCUCGCCGAAAAUCAGCUAACAGAAAUAUCAAGCAAACUGUUUAGCAAAUUGAUGAAUCUGAAGACGCUGCGUAUGAAUGAUAAUCGCUUGUUGACGAUUCGUCCUCAGGCAUUUGCCGGCAACACUUUGCUGCGUCAACUGAAUUUGGCGAACAACCGAAUCAAUCUGCACGAAUAUCUGACUGUGCAUGGCGUGGAUAUGGAUCUGGGCUCACCAUUUGCCCAUCUUCGCAAUCUGACAACGCUCAAUUUGCGCAAUAACUCGCUAAUGGUGAUCUUCAGUGACUGGAAAUAUGCGAUGAGGGAACUGCAGGAGAUUGAUUUGAGCUACAAUAACUUUACGUGGCUGGAUUAUUCCGAUCUGGACUUUGUCUCAGCGUUUGACUUGACAGUGAACAUGUCCCACAAUCAGCUGCACACGGUGCACUUUUACAAACAGACUGAGUUCCAGCCGCUGGACAAGGGUUUGCGACUGGUGCACGGCGUGAAAUCGGUUCACGUGGACCUCAAUGAUAAUCCCUUGGUCUGCGAUUGCACCCUGCUGAGAUUUUUACAGGUGGUGCGUGGCGACAUUCAGCCGGAUUAUGCCAAGAAUUUAAUCACUUAUACGGAUAGACUGAAUUGCCAGGCGCCGAUUGCUCUAGCGGAUCGUGCAAUGAGAUUUGUGCAUCCGAGCGAACUCGUCUGCAAUUUUGACCAGGCCGAGGAUCCCAAGGAGCGCCGCUGUCCCAGCCACUGUGAGUGUCUGGUGCGCACCUUUGACUCCACUCUGAUUGUCAACUGUUCGAAUGGCGAAUUGACCAAGAUACCCAAACUGCCGCGUCUGCCGCAAAAUCUCCUCGAGAUGGAGCUGUAUGUGGAGAACAAUACGCUGCUCAAGUUGCCGCAAAAUAAUGCACCCGGCUAUGAAAACGUGACCAGAUUGUAUGUGGCCGGCAAUAAUCUCACUCAGCUGGAGCCCAGUCAAUUGCCCGCAAAUCUAAAGUAUCUGGAUAUGAGUCGGAAUCAGCUGCAGUUGCUCAACUCCAGUGUGCUUGGGUAUCUCAACAGCACCUUGGAUAAUGUAACACUGCGACUCUCCCAGAAUCCCUGGAUCUGUAAUUGUGGGGCAAGGGAAUUGUUGCUAUUCACGCAAAAUAAAUACGAAAGGAUACCGGAUCACACGAACAUGUUUUGCAUGGAUGCCGAGAUGCCGACGCGUCUAAUGGAACUGAAUAUCAAUGAUAUAUGUCCGAGACCGAAGAGUCUGCUCAUCGCUGUCACCGUCAUCAUCUCGCUGGCCGGUUUCCUUUUGGGCAUCUCGGCGGCUCUCUACUACAAAUACCAGCAGGAGAUCAAGAUCUGGCUGUAUGCCCAUAAUCUGUGCAUGUGGUUUGUCACCGAGGCCGAGCUCGACAAGGAUAAGAAAUUUGAUGCGUUCAUCUCGUACUCGCAGAAGGAUCAGAGUUUCGUGGAGAAACAUCUGGUGCCGCAGCUGGAGCAUGGACCACAAAAGUUCACACUAUGCGUUCAUGUGCGAAAUUGGCUCGUUGGUGGCUUCAUACCCGAGAACAUUGUUCGAUCUGUGGCGGAUUCGAGAAGAACGAUUAUUGUGCUGAGUCCGAAUUUCAUUAAAUCGGACUGGGCUCGCAUGGAGUUCAGGGCGGCACACAGAUCAGCGCUGAAUGAGGGCAGAUCUCGUGUCAUAGUCAUCAUCUAUUCAGAUAUUGGCGACAUUGAACAGCUCGACGAUGAGUUGAAGGCGUACCUGCGCAUGAACACCUAUCUGAAGUGGGGUGAUCCAUGGUUCUGGGACAAGUUGCGUUAUGCUCUGCCCCAUCGGUCGCCCAUCGGUGUUAGUCAGGGCAAUGGUUCGCUGAUCAAAUCGGCCCUCAAGGGAUCCACCGAUGACAAACUGGAGUUGAUUAAGCCAUCGCCAGUGACGCCGCCACUGACGACACCGCCCGGCGAUACCACAAAGAAUCCGUUGGUGGCCCAACUGAAUGGCGGAACUCCACAUACGGCAAUCAUGAUUGCCAACGGCAAGAAUGGCCUAACCAAUCUCUAUGCGCCGAAUGGCAAGGCACAUCAUCAUCAUCAUCAUGGCAAUGGACACAUCAAUGGCGCCUUCAUCAUCAAUACGAACGCCAAGCAGAGCGAUGUAUAGAAGUGGCACAAAACGGAGCCCGACGCCGAUGAGCUCCUGUUCCAUUGAAGGCAAAUUCCAAAUCCUUUUGCUAUGACCAAUCCCAAGCCCAAACCCAAACCCAAAUCCAAAUGUUGCACCCACAGCUGAAUGUAUAAAAAAUUAGAUGCAAAUUCUGACUAGACAAAACAAAUUCUCAAAUUCUGCAAAAAUCAUCCUACAUUUUAUGCUCUGUGUAUGAAUGUGUGUGUCAGUGUGUGUGUGUGUGUGUGUGUGUGUGUUCGAGUGUGUGUGUGUGGGUGUGUCAUUUUUUUCUGUCUAGCUGAAAUUCUGUAGAAUAAUUUUACAAGAAAUUCCCAAGCGCAAAACAAAAUUAAAUUGGUGAAAAUUCGCAAUUUUCAAAAUUUCAUGUGGCCUUUGUUGACAUAGAAAAAAAAAAGAAAAGAAAAACAAAAACAAAAAACAAAAGAAAAACAGAAAGCAGAAAGCAGAAAAGAAAAUGAGAAACUAAAAACAAAAACAAAAACUAAAACUAAACUUAGGCUAAUUAAGAGCUUAUCAUUCUGUUUAGUGUUAAAUACAUAGUAUAUGUAAGUUAAGCAUAAGCAAUCUUAAUUAUUUUGUACAUUAUUCAUUAUACUACUACUUAUGAUAUUGUACAUUUUUUCUUUGUUUAAGUUGAAACGCACGCUAAGGAAGCUCACAAUUUAAUUUUUAUCAUCUUCCUGCACGAAUCUCAAGUUUUUAUAGAACUUUUGAACAAAUUGAGCUUUAUUUUUUUUUUUCUUAUACAAUCUAUGAUUUGUCUAUAAGUAAUGCACAUGCAAUAUAUACAUACAUAUGACGUAUCCAAAUAGUAGCAUAUAAAACUAUGCCGUGUACUGAAUGUAAUUAAAAACAAAAAAAGAAAAGAACAAAAAAAUUAUAAAUAUAUUAAAACGAAGAACAAGAAAUUUAUCAUCCUCUUUGUAUGUAUGUAUUGGUAUCUACUGACCUAUCCCACUGUACAUACAAACAAAUGGAAAAUUUUGUACACUUCCAAAUGCAUAACAAAAAAUCUCAUUUAAAAUAUAUAAAUAUACGUUUAAUAUUUACACAUCUCUUUGUCAUGACGCUAUUAACUGAAAGUACUCGUAAAUGCACUCUAUACACGGCAUACAACAUAUUUACUACCAUACAUACAUCACUUUAUCAACCUAAUGCAUAUACAUACAAGCAUACAUACAUACAUACAUUAUAUUUCUUCGUUUUCGCAUUUCAAUAAUAAUACGCAUAGCCGAUAUGUAUAAGUAGCUACAUAUGUCAUGUCUCUGAAAUAAUAUGUAUUGCCUAAGGUACCUACAAAUUUAUGCAGACAAAAACACUCAUUUACUUAUACAAAAUGAAAACACACGUGUAUGUACAUAUGCAUAUGUACAAUUACAUCAUUCAAUGUAAUUGUGUACACCAGUGUGUGAAGUAUACAAAUACAAAUAAAUAAAAUAUAUUUUAAAAAUUAA